CUUGCUUGAUAAGAAGUCGAGAGUAAAAUCCCACAGUCAACCAGAAAUCGACCAUGAGAUACCCAGCCAUUUUUCGCUCAUCCUGGUUCCAUGUGAUAGUCUAAGAUCUGAGAGAUUUCAGCAAAUUCAUGUUUAGAGGAGCUGAAAGACUCUGGGAGGGACCAGCCGGAAGGCAAGGCAAGAGGAACAGAGGAAAGAAAACGAGAACGGGAUCCAGGAAGACAUCUGGCGGAACGUAAAUGCAAAAAGCUGGAUUUUGUAAAUGCCGAAGUAAAUUAAAACCAUACCCAGAAGGGAGCUGGGUGGGGUGACGGUUGUUUUUGGAGCUCGGAGCUGUGUGAAGCCAGCAAAAACUCACUGGAUUUUUUUAACAUGCUGUUACAUCAAAAGGGUCUUUGCCGGAGAGACUUGCAAUAGUAUGUAUGUUAUGUAGACAUAGAGCAGGGAAGUCUUGGAGGGCAGGCGGGAGAGGGGAGAGAAAGAGAGGUCGAAGGUGAGGCGUGGAAACGCUUGUCGUUCUGGGUAGGACUGUUACAUGCCUAUGUUUCAUGGGCUGUACACUGAUGAGGUCAUAAGUGUUUUCUAGCAGAGUGAGGCGGAGAAAGAAAGUCUGAAGAAAGUUUGCUUUUGGGGAGGAAGAAGGCGAGAAAGAGGAUCUGAGACAUGGACCGAGUAAAUCUGUUCCUCUUAGCUUCACUGUUGUUUGUGCAGGAGUCUGUUGUUCAUCCUUAUUCAGUUUCGGCACCAGCAGAUGCUUCCAAUCCGGAGACCAUGGUGGUGUCUGUGCUGAACAUCACCGCCCGGGCGGGCUCCCGAACCGUCCUCUCCUGCAAGAGCUACCGGAUGGUGUGGACGCAGGACCGCCUGAACGACCGCCAGCGCGUGGUCCACUGGGACCUGGACAGGAGCGGGCAGGUCACCGAGCGGCUGUGCGACAUGUACUCGGCCGGGGAGCAGCGCAUUUACAGCUCCUACAACGAAGGGCGCAUCUCCAUGCCUGAGAACGCCUUCAUAGACGGCAACUUCUCUCUGGUGAUCAAGGACGUUGCCGAGAGCGACCAAGGCGUGUAUUCCUGCAACCUCCAUCACCAUUAUUGUCACCUGUACGAACGGGAGCAAAUACAGCUCGACGUCACGAAAAAAGCCAAAGAAGUGGAGCGGUACUGGGAUGGAGAGAAAGUCGUGAUCGUGGCGCUGAAAGGCAGCACGGUGGUGCUUUCCUGCAUCAACCGGAACCAGGUCUGGACCGAGAGACACGACGAAGAGCAGCAGCAGGUGGUCCACUGGGACCGGCAGCCCCCAGGCGUGCCUCACGACCGGGCGGAUCGGCUCAUUGACCUGUACGCUUCGGGGGAAGGGCGUUCCUACGGCCCUCUCUUCAUCCGGAAAAAGAUGAAUAUCACCGACAAAGCCUUUGCCUUGGGCGACUUCUCCCUGAGGAUAUCUGCUCUGGAGGUCGCUGACGAGGGCAUCUAUUCCUGCCACCUCCACCAUCACUACUGCGGCCUCCACGAGCGCAGGAUCUUCCACGUCUCCGUUCUGGAGCCCGAGCCAGAGAAGAAGGUUGUGGUGAACCUCACCCACCACUACGUGCCUCCUGCAGGUCCGAGCAGCGGCCACAGCCACAACGUCGUCAACGUCGUCAUCCCCGAGAGCCGGGCUCACUUCUUCCACCAGCUGGGCUACGUCCUGGCCACCCUGCUGCUCUUCAUCCUGCUGCUGAUUCUGGUGGUCCUCGUGACCCGCAAGCGCCGGGGGAGAGGCUUUGACUACAAUGUGAAGAAAUGCGAAGAGAAGGGCGUGAAUCUCAGGGAAUUUCCAUCCGAUGCGGCGGAUCUGUCCAACUACAAAAGCGAAGAAAUAAGACUGGAUUAUAAGAACAAUAUCUUGAAGGAGCAAGCGGAACAGAGUCGGAUUCUCCCUGCCAAAAAUAUUGAUUUAGAUAAAGAUUUCAGGAAGGAAUAUUGUAAAUGAAAGAUCAACUUAAAGCUCCUGGCUGGACCAGAAGCCUCAUCCAAAAUUUAAGCAAACAAGAGAAGCUUCAUUUUUUUUUCUUUUCCGUGUUGCUCUCCGUAGACUUUUCUUCCUGUCUUGCGGGCAACAGAAGCUUAGAUGGCACUGCAGCCCUACAAGUGCCCUCCAGAUGUGCAGGACUACAACCUCCAUCAUCCUCAGCCGGCUGCUCCAACACAUCCAGAGGGCACUUGCAGAAGUCUGUCAUUCAUACACACCUGGGACUAAGAUCCACUGAACUCACUAGCACUUACUUCUGAGUAGGACAGGUGUCAAGUUGUCCUGCUGAAUUUUUACCCUUUUUUUUAA